GAUUCUUGGUUGUCUUCUAGACAAAGAUACUGAGUUGUUGCUCUGUUCUGCAAAGGCCUACCUGAUACUCUCCAGAAGCAUUUGGAUUGCAGCACAUCUGGAGCAUGCCAGGUUGGGGAAAGGGGAAAGGCCUGAGGCUGGUCCUUGUUCUUUUGGGAAUCCUAAUCGCAAUAAAGCCUCAACAGGCAGAGAACCUCUCUUUACUAGACAUUGCAAAGCAACUGGGAAGCCGAUUCCUUCUGCAGAAUGUCGAAGAAGCCAAGGAAUUAGUUGAUGCUGCCUACGAAUACACCCAGAACCGGUUAAAAGAAAAACUAAUGAAAAAGACAGUGCGCCCUUCAGAUAUCCUAGUCUCCUUUAAACAACCCGUUGGAAAAACUCGUCUGCAUGUGAAGGCUGCUCAUUAUAUGUUGGUGGCCCUGGACCUCCUGAAAGAGAAGUUGCAGGAUGUAAUUCCUCAGGAAUUCAAUAUCACAGAUGUGCUCUCUCCUUCCCAGAUACAAAUCAUCUACAAGGCAAGCGGAUGUGCUCUCCAAGAUGCAUCUACCCAGUCGUGUGAUGAGACGAGCCCUUACCGGACCAUUACAGGCGAAUGCAAUAACUUGAGAAUUCCUACUUUUGGGGCUAGCAACCGUCCAUAUGCCCGGUGGCUUCCACAAGAAUAUGAAGAUGGCAUCUCUCUCCCACGUGGCUGGACAGAAACAAAGCUGUAUUCUGGAUUUCCUCUCCCUUCAGUCCGGGCGGUAUCCAAUGACAUCGUCUUCUUUCCCAAUGUGAACGUCACUGAUGAUCCUUUCCGCUCACUCAUGUUUAUGCAAUGGGGGCAGUUUCUUGAUCAUGAUUUGGAUUUUGGGCCUUCCACAACAGCAACCCUCACCUUCAUGAGAGGAAUAGAUUGUGGUAGAAGCUGUGUCAAAGGACCACCAUGCUUUCCCAUUCAGAUUCCACCUAAUGACCCUUCAAAACCACAGGGCGACUGCAUCCCCUUUACCCGGGCAGCUCCUGCGUGCAACGGUGGCUAUGCCAUUCGCAAUCAGAUCAAUGCCCUCACAUCCUUUGUUGAUGCCAGUAUGGUAUAUGCCAGCGAAGACAGGUGGGCAAUGCAGCUAAGAAAUUUCACAAACAACCUGGGACUGCUGGCUAUCAACGAGAUGUUCACAGAUCGAGGCCUUGCCUAUCUCCCCUUUGGCAAUCCAGAAGACUUCCCAGAAAGCUGCAAUAGAACAAACCCAGACUUCCCCAUCCCCUGUUUUUUGGCAGGGGACAAUCGAGUGACUGAAAUGCCAGGUUUGACCGCCUUGCAAACACUUUUUAUGCGGGAGCACAACCAUCUGUCCACUGAGCUGAAGAGGCUGAACCCACAAAUGAAUGGAGAAGAACUCUAUCAGGAGUCCCGGAAAAUCUUGGGAGCAAUGAUGCAGAAAAUCACCUAUACAGAAUAUCUACCUGCAGUACUGGGGAACUCCAUGACUCCCUACAGGGGCUACAACGACUCUGUGGAUCCCCGAAUUGCCAGCGUCUUCACCAUUGCUUUCCGUUUUGGGCAUACUUUGGUGCGGCCCACUGUGCCUCGCUUAGAUAGCCGUUAUCAGCUUCUGAGUCAAAUACCCUUAGAAGAAGAGUUCUUCGCUACAUGGAGAAUUAUCCAAGAUGGAGGCAUUGAUCCCAUUCUACGAGGCCUAAUAGGUAUAUCAGCCAAACGGCUGAGACAAGAUCAGAUAGUAGUAGAGGCUCUCCGAGACCGACUCUUCCAACAAGUUGCUAGGAUUGGAUUGGAUCUACCAGCAUUGAACAUGCAGCGUGGCCGAGACCACGGCCUACCAGGUUAUAAUGCCUGGAGGCAAUUCUGCGGCCUCUCCCAACCUCGCAAUGAAGCUCAGCUGGCCCAGGUCCUCCAGAAUCCUCAGCUGGCCAGGAAGUUAAUUCAACAUUAUGGGACGCCCAACAACAUCGACCUCUGGAUUGGGGGAGUGGCUGAGCCCUUCGUCCGCAAUGGCAGGGUUGGGCCUCUGUUGGCCUGUAUCAUUGGAAAACAGUUGCAAAAUGUUCGUGAUGGAGACAGGUUCUGGUGGGAGAACUCUGGAGUGUUCACCCCAGCCCAGCGACAGGCUCUUAAUAGAGUCACAUUGUCACGUAUCAUCUGUGACAAUACCUUCAUCCGUGAGGUGCCUCAGUUCAUUUUCCGAGCCAACCAAUACCCGCGCAAUUUUGUCAGCUGCAAUACCAUCCCAAUGUUCAGCCUCUUCCCAUGGAAAAAGUCUUCUGAGUAGAUCAGCGAAGAAGAACAUCCCAACAGGUUCUGCUAACAACCUGGAAUUUUUGUUUUUGAGAAAGCGUUCUUUAAUUUGCUUUAGCUGUUUUCCCUUGCUGUCAUUGCUCAAUUUGGAGAAAUGAGAAAGGAGCGCCAAAUUAAAAUAGCUGCUCUACAAUGUUCAAGUCAUGUAUACUUCUUCAAAUCACACAAGGCAA